UUACUACAUUAUUUUUAUUUUUUAAUGCUAACUUUUAUUUGAAUUGUUAUUGAAUUUAAUUGUCAGUGUUAUACAAUGUCUCGUAAAUUUUAAUUCGCAGUUUACUCUUGUUAAUUACUAAACUAAAAUAAAAUGGGAAGUACAAAUAGUACUCCUAUUCCUGGUGGAGGAACCGAAGGAUAUCAUGUUUUAAAAGUAAAAAUAUGUUUUUAUAGAAUUUUAGUCAAUAUUUAUAAAAUAAAAGUUUAGUAAUCAAAUAAAAUCGUUUAUAUAAUUUAUGAUUUAGGUUCAAGAUAAUUCUCCUGGCCAAGCUGCAAAAUUGGAAGCUUUUUUUGACUUUAUUUUAGCUAUUAAUAACACAAGACUUGUAAGUUUUAUUUAUUUUAAAUACAUAUUAAAAAAAUUAUUUUUAUAUUACAUUAAUUAUUUAAUAUAGGCCUGUUACAAUUUCUUUUUACUAAAUGUAUUAAUAUUUCAAUUAUAUCAUAAUAUUAUUUUGUAUUUUAUAAUAUAAUGCAAUUAAGGCUGAACAUUUUGUGUAAAAAAAAAAAAAAAAACCAUUACAAAUCAGUUUCAUGGAGGUUAAAUAAUAAAAGAGUUAAUUGAAUUUUUAUUGUUUUCUUUGCCAUACAAAUAAAAUUAUUGAUGUUAUUUUUUACUAGUUAUGACCAGGUAGUACGUACAAGUUUUUUUUACUAUUUUAUUAAAUAUUUGCCAGGAUGCAUUCAUCAAUGUAUUUAUAUUAUCUUCAGGAACUACUAUUAAAAUGUAUAGUUGAAGUAUAGCUUUUGGGUCUGAGGAAAAAAUGUCAAAAAUAUUACAUAGAUUUUUUGUUAGUAUACCGACCUAGAAAAGUUUCUAUUGGUCAGAUUUUCGAUUUUUCAUUUACAAUUGAUUUCAAAUUGAUUUUUAAACGAAUUGAUUCAAUUUCAUUACAUACACUUUUUAUAUUUUGUUAUGAAAUUAUAUAUUUGCAGAUACCUAUUAUUAUUUAUAAAAACCCAUUUUUUGGUUUUUAUAUACCUAUAUAUGUAUGAGUGUAACUGUGAGAAGUGAAUUAUUGUAUAUAACAUAACAUAGGUAAUUUGAAAUAUUUUAUGUUAUUUGGUAGACCAAUUUAAUGAUUGCAUUGUGAAAAUUAUAUAAAACUGUAAGUACCUACAGUUAAAAAUUUGUUAUUAAUAAAAAACCAACAAAACAAAUAUGUCAUACUGAAAACUAAUAUUUUUAGAAACAACUCUAUUAAAACAGUCCUUUUUAGUGCUACCAAAUUUAUAAAUUUCCUACAAAAUAUAAAUAAAAAAAAUCAAAAUUAUCCAUAAAAAUCUGAACAGUAGAGGUUUUUUCUAGGAUGUUAUACAAACAAAAAAAAUCUAUGAGACGUUUUCGAUAUUUUUAAAAUUAUUUCUCAGACCCUAAAGCCAUACUUCAAUCAAAUCUGUUCUUCAUGGGUAGUUUAUUAGUUUACAGUCAUUGACUAUUAUUCAGUCGUUUUAUUGCGUAUUUCAUCAAAUUCUAUUUACUGUUUAACAUUAUUUUAGGUUUUAAUCAUUUAUCAAUAAUUUACAUAAGAAACAUAAUGAAUGUUAUUUUUUUAUCAUUUAUAUUAUUUGAAAGUUCCAAAUACUACUUAUUAUCUUUUAUUUAUUAUAUUUAUUAAUUUACCUAAGUGUUAAAUUAAUUGUUUAAUCACUUAAUUUAUUUAUGUUAUCUAAAUGUUUUUUUUUUUUUUAGGAUAAAGAUAAUGAUACUUUAAAAGAAAUUUUAAAAAAUGAAGAUGGUAAUGAGCUUACUCUAGCUGUUUACAGUAGUAAAACACAAAUAGUCAGAGAAGUCAAAAUUAUACCAAACAGUAAUUGGGGUGGUCAAGGUUUAUUAGGCGUGAGCAUACGUUUUUGUUCAUUUGCUGGAGCUAAUGAAAACGUCUGGCAUAUUCUUGUUAGUAAAAUUAUUUAAAAGAUCUAUUUGUAUACUACAUUAUUUUGGAUGUUAUUAAUUAUUUAGGAUGUUCAUCCAAAUUCUCCUGCUGACAAAGCUGGUCUUAGAUCACAUAUUGAUUAUAUAAUCGGUUCUGAUUCUAUAAUGCAUGAAAGUGAAGAUUUAUUUAUGUUGAUCGAAGCACACGAAGGAAGACCAUUAAAAUUAUAUGUUUAUAAUGUUGAGUUAGACACUUGCAGAGAAGUUUCAAUCACACCAGAUUCUGCAUGGCCUGGUGAAGGAAGGUAAAUUUAGUUUUUAAGUGGUAGUAUAUAAAAGUUAUAUUUUAUUAUACUAAUUAAUCGUAUGAUAGUAUUAGUCAGUAGGCUACGUGACCUAUUUUUAUUGAAAGAUUAUAUUUUAUGAUAUUACUAUACAUUUUAUUUUUACAUAUAUUUAUAUUAUUUAUUUAAAUCUGGAUAUAAUGAGGGUACCUUUAUAAGCUCGAAUGGUACAAAUCUUAACUAUAAAAAUAUGGAUAGUACAAAUCUGAAAUUUAAUAUUACAAAUCUGGACAGAAAAUAUCCGUUUUAAGGAACAUAGAUAAUUAUUUUUUCAUAUACUAGAUUUGUAAUUUUUUACUUUUCUAGUGAUAGUUGCUUCUGCAAAAUAAUAUUUUUCUAAAUUUAAAUUUAUAAUCAUAAUUUGAGAAAUUCAAACAGAAUGAUUAUCAAAAUUAAAUAAUGUUAUAAUAUACAAAUAAAAUAAUUGUACAUGAAUUUAAAAAAAAUUUUUUAUUUUUAUAAUUAUAUAACUUAUAUUUUGAUGAGGUAAAUUUAUUAAAUUAAAUUAAAUUAGUUGGAAUUUUUUUUUUUAAUUUUUAUUGAAUAAUGAUUAUAGUUGAAUUUAAAAAUUUUCAAAAUUUAGGUUAUACUAUUAUUUUAUUAGGUUAUGUUUAAAUUCGUAAAUAUCAGCAACUUUUUAUGAUAACAUCUUUACUAUGAUUUUUCCUAUUUUUAACAACUAAAAAUGCAAAAAACAACUGAGUUCAGUCGAUUUAUGAGGUAAAAAAAAUUUUUUUUUCAAGGUGGUAUUUAUAAUUGUACUCAAAUAUUUUUAUUUUUUUUUUUUUACCAAGUCUUCAAAUACGUAUUUUGAAAAAAUUUCAAAAUAAGUGUCUGUAUCUAUACUUAAAUAAUGUUUAAGUAUUUUUUAUUAGACUGUUUAUAAGUCUCUUUAUAUUAAUUUCAAUCGGAAAUUAUGUAGCUAAUAAUAUUAAAUAAAUGAUUGAAAUAAUAGCAAAUACUUCAAAUUAAUUUAAAAAAAUGUUAAUAUAAGGGUUGUAUAUCAAAUAGUUUUUCUCUUUAUAUAGUAUAUGAGUUUUGAAUAGAAAAACAUACAAAGAUACUUAGAUAAAUUUAUACUGAAUUAGUGAUUGCUUUAAAUUAAUAGCAAAAUAAAAUAAAACCAAUAUCAGACCCAAAUUGUACAAUCCAGAUUUAAAUGGGUUCCCUACAAAUAAUUAUUUUCUUCCCAAGCUGUUCUUUUUAAUUCUUAGCUGACUAAUGACCAAGCACUUUUAUUCCAAAGUUAAUGGCUCUUUGUUGGACUUCACUACAAGUACAUAAUUAUCAAAUAUAAAUAUUUUAAUUAUUGUCUGAAAAUUCAUAAUUUUUCAGCGAUAGGUUGGACAAUGAAACAAUUUUAAAUUUAUUUUUUGGUUUAUAGCUUAGGUUGUGGAAUAGGUUAUGGAUAUCUUCAUAGAAUACCUAUUAGACAAACAGUUCAAAAUAAAGAUAUACCAUCACCACCUGUUAUAAAACCAGCAGUUAUCAAUAACGUUAUGGUAAGCUAGAUUUUUUAUAUUUAUAGCGAUUUAUUUGGUUAAAUUUUAUUUUUUUAUGUAGUUUAAUAUUUAAAAUUUUCAUUAUAUAAUUUAUUUCAUCUCUUUCAUGUUGGCAUCAAGGUUUAAAUGAAAAUUGAAAAAAAAAUAUUGGUUGUAAUUUAUAUUAUACCUUAUUUAAAUAUUGUUAAAUUUAAUUAAUGAAAUAUUUAUAGUUAUAUAUUAAAAAAUAUAUAUAUUAUAUUAUAUUUAUGUACAAUGAUCCAUGGGCUACAUCCACUCUUAAUUUAAACAGUUUUAAUGAAGUUUAAUUAGGUUUCAUAAAAAUAUAAUUUUAAAGUAAUUGCUCAAAAAUAUCUAUAAUUAUUUUGUUCUUUUAUUUUAUAAACACCCAACAACUGAAAUUAAGGCAUAUUUUACUGAUACUUUGAAUUAUACACUAAAUAAUUAAAUUGUUUGAUUAUUUAAAAAUUAUAAGCUAUGUUUAAAUACAAAUAGUCCAUCAAAAUAUGAAUAAUACUUAAAAAGAAACAAAUAGGUUUUUGAAUUGAAUUUAUUUUAUUAAAUUUUAAGAGUGAUGAGAAGUCUAGGUCUAGUAUUAUAAAGUCCUAGUCACAAGAUUGGAUAUUUUAUAAAAAUAAGUUCUCAUAAAAACCAUAACCACAAAUUGAUUCUAUGAUUAUUCGUUAUAAAAUAUAAUGUUAUUAAAUUGAAAAAAGCUUAAUUCUUGAUAAUUGUUAACAUUAUUGAUUAAGGAGAGUUACAAGCUUUUUUUUUUUCUGAGGAAAUCAUUAGCAGCAUUAGUUCUAAAUUUCUAGUCAUAGGACAACCCCCCCCUUCAAAUAACAAAAUACACCUAAUCAGUAAAAUAACAGAUACUUUUUAUUUGUGAUUCUAACCUUAAUGGUCAUUUAAUGAUUUUACUCUUGUAACAAAAUAUAUUAAAAAAGGGCUGACAUACUUCGCACUUAGGUGCAGCAACGUUAAGUAGGUAGGCAUUUGGGAAGUUAGAAUAUAGACGGGUAUUGUAUGUAUAUCUGUAAGCAACGAAAAAACGAUUCUGAGCGGAGUUUAGUUGAUAGUGUUGCUUUAUUAACAAUGUAUAUGUCAUAUUAUGAUAAAAUGAUUAUGAUUAUUUAAAAUAAUUAAAACUUAAUAUUACAAAAAAUAAAUAAAAAGUUGCUGCCAAUGACAAUCUUAUUAUUAAUCUUUCAAUUUUUUUUAACCUUAAAAAUCAGAUUUUUCUCAUUAUCUCAAAUAAUAAUGAGAAUUUCAAAAAAAUUACCUCUCUGUAGGUGUUCUAUUUAAUAUUUGCUUUUUAGUAGAAAGUGUUCACAUAAAAAAAACAUUAACGCCAUUGUAAAACCAACACAUACUUCGCUCCACUCAGAAUCUAAAAAUAUAUGUACUUGUUAUGUUAUAAAUAUAUUUAAUUAAAUAAUGUUGAAAUAUAUUUCUUGUAGGCAUCUGCUGCUCAUGUACCUGAAAUAAUAGUUCCACCCGUUUUAACUUCUCAAUCACCAAAAGUUAAUCAAGAAUUACCAGUAUCUGAUAUCAAUUCAUCUGUUGAAGUAGAACAAUUACAAUCAAAUGAAAUUAAUCCAAGUGAAUCAACACAAAUUUUGAACAAUAUCAAUUCUGCAGUACCUGUUUCUACAUCAACAGAUCAAGACAUUUCUUAUUCUAUUCCUUCAGUAUCUGUCCCCUACUUUUCUCCUCAAAUAACCACAUUUCAAAAUUCUACUGCAUUCCAAGUAAUGGAUUCUCAGUAUAACUCACAACAACCAACUUUUACAUCUGAAACAAUAAAACCUAUUAUGUUAAUGCCUCAAGUGACCACUUUGUCAUCCUUAACAUUACCAGAAUCAACUUAUAUAUCUACAUCUCAGGGGUCUACUAUACCAUCUGCACAUUCACUCCAAUCUGUCAAUAAUCAAGAAUUGACAUAUCAGCAUACAACUGUAUUUCCACCUCAGAGUUAUUCUCAAUAUCAUCCUACUGAUUUAGGUGGUACUACAACUAUAUCUGAUGUACCUAAAUCUAAAGAAUUAAGUAAUUACUUUUCACAAUUUCAAACUCAAGUCAGUUCAUCAAAUAAUUCAAGUACAAUACCAAUGUUUUCCGUGAAGAAUUUCCCACAGAUGUCACCAUUGGCCCAACCUCUUGGUAAAUUAAUGUACUUUUUUUUAUUCUUGAUUUAAUUGCUAUACCAUUGAAAUAUUAAAUUUAAUUAAUAUAUAUAUAAACCAUCUUAUAUGAUCAUAGGGCUAAAUAAAUAACUUUUAAAAACAAAUGUCUUUAAUUUUAAUUUCUACAAUCGUACUAUUUUUUUCCUUCGAGAAAAAAAGAACAUUGUUCAAUCAAUCUAAAUAAAACUUAUUAAAAUUGUAUAUUACCUAUAAAAAAAAAGUUUACUUUACACAUAUAUUACGUUCAUACAGUAUAAUCAAAUUUGUCACAAAUUAGAUAUUCAUUUCAUUCAUGUUCUUAAAUCAGUAUGUACAAGCUGGUUUUAGGUUUAAGUAAUAGACACAAAUUUCAUCCAUUUCGUAUAUAAAAAUUAUUAUUUUAAUGUUAGUUUUUUUUUUUUUUUAAAUACUUUAUGGUGAACUUUUGUACCAUACAAAAUAGUUUGUUUCACUACACUUGUAUACAACUAAACUUUAAGUCUCAUUGGAAUUCUCUUGUCAAAGCCACCAUUAUUUUGUACAAAAGAUCCUUUGUACUUAUAUAACUUAUAACUCAAUCUCGCCUAUAACAUCACUGCUUAUUGUCGUUAGCUGUCUUGUCUUGUUUCUGCAAACACAUACUCUAUUAAACAUGAUAAAACUACAAAACUAUAGUAUGCAAUUGUUUUAAAUAAACAAUGAAACUGAAUUUUAAGGCAUAUGUCGUCUCAAUAAAGAAUUAAACUUUCAAUAUUUUCAACUUUUUUUAGUUUAAUAUUUAUUAAGUAGCUCACACAGUUAUUUUAAAAACAAAUAGGGAUAGGUGAAAAUAUAACUAACACGUUACAUCCUAACUGAAUCUUAAACAAAUUAUAUUGUAAAACAAUAACUUACUAAUUUAUAAGUUUGAUCUUUUACUGCCAUCGUUGUUUGACUAAAUCUCCAAAUUGUAUUUAUAAUUAUAAUACAAAAAUAUAAUUUUUUUUUUCAGACAAUAAGUAUUCUGAUAUAUCAUCUCAAUUUCAGCCUGUACAACCAUCAAAUUAUCAACCAAGUAAUUAUCAACCUUAAUUGAUAUGACUUUCAAUUGUUAUGAAAUACGAUUCAACUAAUAUUAAUACAAUUUAUAAUAUUAAGAUUACGUUGUUUUUACAUUUUUUGAGUAGAAUAAAUUAUUAAAAAAAUGUUUAAUAUAAUUUUGAAAUAACUUUUUAAAAACCCAAUAUUGCCUUUUGUUAGUAUAAGGGUUGAUACUUAAAUUUUAAAUGUAUAUUUUAUAAAGUAUAUGUGAUAUAGCUUUAAGGUACAUACAGGGCCGUAUUUAGCGGGGGUAGGGGGUUGAUAUUUUUUUUUAUAUUUUCAAUAUUUAUUAUGUUAAAAUCAAUUCAAUUUAGUAUUUCUAAACGUAAAAAAAAUGCAAUUAUAACAGUAGUAAAUCAAUUAAACAAAACAUUAAAAAUAAAAAAAAACAACUAUGAUCAAACAUGGUUGGCUAACUUUAGCAUUCUAUGUAUGGGAUGAUUGUGACAGUCAAAAAAUGGAAUAAGUGGGAAUAUGUUAGGGAUUUUGACUUUUUACGCUGUGAGAUAGAAUUUAGAAUAAAAUGCGGGAGAGAUCAGAAGCGUCUAUUGGAUUAGAGAAUUGAAUGAAAAAAUUGGAAAUCGAUAUUAUGAUGGUGGUUACAUAAAGAAGUGAUAUUUAGGAAGUGACCAAUUUUGGAAAGGUCAGGCAGAGGCACAUUCAACAUAUAACUGAUCCAUGGCGAGGUAGGAGUGCCAAAAGACAAAACCUUACUCAAUAAUAGAUUAAACAAGUGCAAAGUACAAAGAUCAGAAAGAGUUAAUGGAGGUAAAAGUAGUAUCUUAGAGUACCUCGAAAAACCUUAGAAGACAAUCUCAUGAUAACAUAAUGAAUAUAUUUGGACUAUAUAUUGGAUAACAGUUCCAGGUCAAAAUAUAUCUAGAUUACAUGCUUUGUUCAGCGCACUUAAUCUCAUUAGUAUAUGCAGUACUAGUUUUUUUUAACUUUUACUUCUUGUAAAAGAAAUAACUAACAUGUUGGUCUAUAUGAGAAAAAGCAUAUAAUAUAGUAUAUCAGCAUAUAGGAAUCAGAAAUUUUUACAUAUGCUGCAAAACUUUGUAAAAUAUUCAGAUAAUUUAGAUAAAAGCUCUUGUAAUGAAUUUGUAAACUUCUAAAGUUAUGUUUAAUUUUCUAUAGAUAAAGCACUAACAAGUAUCUGAAACCUAAAUGUCAUGAUACGAUCAAAAAAAAUUAACAAAUUGUUCCCAGGAAGGAUUAUUUUCAACCAUAAAAAAGUUAAUAACUAUCUUAGAUCGGUAAUAAAAAGUGAUCGCCUAAAUGUCUUGGCUGUAAUAAACAUUUAAAAGAAUCUAACUUCUAGAAUAAAUAUAAAUAACCUAAUUUAAGAAUUUGCUAAAUAUGCCCCUGGAUACUUACAAAUUGUUCAAUUAAUGGCAAGGUGUCAAUAAAAAAUAGUUUUAUGUGGAAUAAUUGUAUUGUUACAGUAACUUGUUUCACAUCAAUAUACAAAAUAAUACUUUUAGUUAAUGGUUUAAUUUGAAUGUGUUACAGAUGUUUAUCCAGGAAUGCCACUUACAACUCCGAUAUCUUUACCUGGUAUGCCUCCAAUAACUGUUAGUGCUACUCUACCUUAUUCAGCUAUUGAAAGUUUACAAAUUGAUCAGAAGAAAAAUAUUUUAAAUAGUAAUAGUUAAAUUUGUAUUAUCUGGGUCAUUUCUACUUGUAAAAUUAAAAUUAAUGAAAUAUUACAAUAUGUAAUGUUUAUACUUUAAAACUAAGUAUUCAAAUAAAACCACACAUUUUAUCAUAUUAUAUAUAUAUAUUUAAAAAAAAUUAAUGAAAUAUUUAUUUUCCUUGUAUUUAUAAUUAAGUAAUUUAAAUAAAAUUUACAAAUUUCGGGAGUACUAAAUGCUUUCUUAAAAAAUUUUAAAUACUAAAAUGUGUUGUAAUCCUAAAUAAUAUUGUAUAAAAAAUAUAUUAGAAAAAAAUAUGAAUUGAAAAUGCUAAAUGAAAAUAUCUUAAUUAUCUUUCAUUAAUUUCGAUGACUCCAUUUUCCAGUUCUAUGAUAAUUUUUUUUAUUUUCUAAAACAAACAAAUAAUAUAUAUAUAUAUAUAUAUAUAUAACAGAUGUAAUGGAUCAAGAAAAAUAAAUUUUACUUGUGUUUUUUUGAUGAAUGGCGAUCAGAAUUAUCAUCAUGACGUCGUUUCUCACCUCCUGUAGACUUGUGUUUUGAGUGACUUCCACUGCUACUACUAUGACGGUUACUACUACUAUGGUGAUUACUGCUGCUAUUUGAUUUGUGAUGGGACGAUUGUGACGACUUAUUUUUAGAUGGACUAUAAUU